ACAAAGAAACAUAAACACACGCACCACAAGAAAACCAAAACCCGCCAUGUGUGGACACGUAAGCUCUUCCAUCACUUCCGGCGACAAUUGUCCAUGUUUCCUAUACUCUGAAAACAUAGUUGCUCCUCCUCAGCUACAUGAUCAUGAUCAUCAUCACAAUCAUCACUUCCACCCUCCUCCGUCUCUGCCGCUUCUUAUGAUGAGCCACAACUCUCUGUUCCCUGCCGAGGCGGUUUCAGGGUUCGGUUACUUUGAUUCCGGCAUAAACGGUGGUGGCGGAAGCAGUAGUUGCGACUCACCAAGCUCUAUGGGAAGCGGUGGAGAGAGUCUUGUUAUGCAGAGGAGUGUUAGUAGCCAUAAUGGCUUUUCCGGUACUUUUGCGCCGGCCCACGAUUUCGUUAACGAUGAUGAUGGGCCAGUGAGACGGGCCCUUAGCGCCGGAGAUCUACCCAGAAGUAGCAGAAGAGAGAGCAGUGCGGUGUGGAGUGAGAGCAAUGCAAUAAUAGAAGGAAUGAGCAAAGCCUAUAAGUACAGCCCCGAAGAGAAGAAAGAAAAGAUCGAGAAAUAUCGUAGCAAAAGAAACCUUAGGAAUUUCAACAAGAGGAUUAAGUAUGAGUGCAGGAAGACAUUAGCGGACAGUAGGCCAAGGAUAAGAGGAAGAUUUGCAAGAAACGAUGAGAUGUCACAACAAGAACAAGUUGAUGUUAUGGAAGCCGUGGUUGGAGAUGCUGACACGUGGGCAUCUUUUCUUGAUUCUUUCUCCGCUAAUCACUUCCUUAACUAAUCCCCUUCUAAUUAUGUAUUUACAUAUGUUUGUUUUUCUUUACUUACUUAUGUUUAUAUGGCACUUCAAUUUGUUUUUGGUUUAAAUGAU